CUGUAAACCAAGCUGAGGCUGCUGAACCUUUGGAGUUUGAUAUGAUGAUUAGAGAAUAACCAGAGUGACACGUCGCAAAUUCCCCAUAAUCAAGGAGAACUUUUCCGGGUGGUGAUCUCUGAAAUUGCUCAGCGAGCACCCCUAAUUAACCUGAUUUUUUGCUGAUAAUCACUCACAAUGGAAUCAAAUCAAAAAUCGGGGGAUGGAUUGACCGGCACACAGAAAGAAGCUGCUCUCCGUGCAUUAAUUCAGCGCACAGGAUAUAGUUUGAUACAGGAAAAUGGACAAAGAAAGUACGGAGGUCCACCGCCUGGCUGGGAUGCCCCGCCACCAGAGAGGGGCUGUGAGAUUUUCAUUGGGAAAUUACCCCGAGACCUUUUUGAAGAUGAACUUAUCCCAUUAUGUGAAAAAAUUGGUAAAAUCUAUGAAAUGAGAAUGAUGAUGGACUUCAAUGGAAACAAUAGGGGAUAUGCCUUUGUAACAUUCUCUAAUAAACAGGAGGCUAAGAAUGCAAUCAAGCAACUUAAUAACUAUGAAAUUAGGAAUGGACGACUCCUAGGGGUUUGUGCCAGUGUAGACAACUGCCGUUUGUUUGUAGGAGGAAUCCCAAAAAACAAGAAGAGAGAAGAAAUUUUAGCAGAGAUGAGGAAAGUCACAGACGGGGUCAUUGAUGUCAUUGUGUAUCCCAGUGCAGCAGACAAAACAAAAAACCGUGGCUUUGCUUUUGUGGAAUACGAAAGUCAUCGAGCAGCAGCAAUGGCAAGAAGAAAACUGCUACCAGGAAGAAUACAAUUAUGGGGACAUCCUAUUGCUGUAGACUGGGCAGAACCAGAAGUUGAAGUUGAUGAAGAUACAAUGUCAUCAGUUAAAAUCCUCUAUGUGCGAAACCUUAUGCUAUCAACCACUGAAGAGACGAUUGAAAAAGAAUUCAACAAUAUUAAACCAGGUGCAGUUGAAAGAAUAAAGAAAAUCAGAGACUAUGCAUUUGUACACUUUAAUAACAGAGACGAUGCAGUUGAAGCUAUGAAAGCCUUAAAUGGGAAGGUGCUGGAUGGUUCCCCUAUCGAAGUGACAUUAGCAAAACCAGUAGACAAAGACAGUUACGUUAGACACACCAGAGGCACAGGGGGACGAGGUACCGUGCUACAAGGAGAAUACACUUACACAUUUGGACAUGUGUAUGAUCCCGCCACAACCUACCUUGGAGCUCCAGUCUUCUAUGCACCUCAGGCCUACGCAGCUAUUCCUAACCUUCAUUUCCCUGCCACCAAGGGUGACCUCAGCAGUAGGGGCAUUAUCCGACCUCCAUCUAUUAGAGAAAUUUACAUGAAUGUACCUGUAGGGGCUGCGGGAGUUAGAGGACUAGGAGGACGUGGAUACUUGGCUUACACUGGCCUGGGUCGUGGAUACCAGGUUAAAGGAGAAAAGAGGGGUGAAGACAAACUCUACGAUCUUUUGCCUGGAAUGGAGCUUACCCCAAUGAACCAUAUCGCUUUAAAACCACAUGGAAUUAAACUUGCUCCUCAGGUCUUAGAAGAAAUCUGCCAGAAAAAUAACUGGGGACAACCUGUUUAUCAGCUUCAUUCUGCAAUUGGCCAGGACCAAAGACAACUAUUCCUAUAUAAAAUCACUAUUCCUGCCCUUGCCAGCCAGAAUCCUACUAUACAUCCCUUCACACCUCCUAAGCUUAGUGCUUAUGUUGAGGAAGCCAAGACAUAUGCUGCAGAAUAUACUCUUCAGACCUUGGGCGUUCCCACAGAGGGAGCAGAGACUCCUGCUACAGCUCCUGCUUUUCCAGGAUACACCAUUGCUAAUCCAGCUGCUACUGUACCAGCUACACAACUAAAACAAGCAGUGACGCUGGGACAAGAUUUAGCACCUUACGCAACGUAUGAAGCCUACCCUGCCUUUGCAGUGGCUACUCGGAGUGAUGGUUAUGGAACGUUUUGAGAGACUAUUUUGGUUUUUUUUUAAAUCAAUGUUUUCUUUUAAUCAAGUGCAGCAAGAGGCUAGUUCAGUGUGAUAAUUAUUGUGACCUCACGAUUUUAAACUAAUCUAUUGUCCAAAAUUAGAUUUAGUGAUAGUUUUAUACUUCUAGAUUGAUAGUUUUACAAUGGAACAUAUACCAAAACAAAUUUUAAAAAUCAGUUAAAAAUCAAUUUUUCACACUGGAAAAAAAACAACAAAUUACUUUGGCCCAGGAAAAAGUUCUUAAAGGUUCUCAGGUAUAUAUUACUGUGUGUGUUUACAAACAAUAAUCCAUGCCAAAUACAGAAAUAUUCCCAAUUAUGUAGCGACUUUAGAGCUUGAAAAGCAGUUCGCCAUCUCAGACUAGCUAGCUAUGUUAGCGUACCCAUAUUCAUGGUGCAUAGCAAGACUUAAAAGCAGAAAGAGGGGCAGUUAGGCACCCAACUCCCACAAUUUUUUUAAGUCUCCCCCUAAUUCCUCAGGGGCACAAGUGCAGGGCCAGCUUCAGGCACCAGCGCAGCAAGCAGGUGCUUGGGGUGGCCAAUGGAGAGGGGUGGCACGUCCGGCUCUUUGGCAGCAAUUCGGUGGCGGGUCCCUUAGUCCAUCUUGGAGGGAAGGACCGGCCGCCGAAUUGCCACCGAAAAAUGAAGCGGCGGCGGUAGAGCUGCCACCGAUGGAGCUUUUUUUUUCCCCUGCCACUUGGGGCAGCAAAAAUGCUGGAGCUGGCCCUGCACAAAUGGGCUAUACACAGGGGCAAAAGGGAGUUAGAAAGAACAGAAUCCUCUUUCCAGGCUGCUGAGUGGUAGUGUUGCUCCACCUCAACCACUACUGCAUGACAUGAAUGGUCGGUGGGAUCACUAUCCUUCCCCUUGAGAAACACAACAAAUCUCUCAUUCCCUUCUACAAAACAAUUCACUUCCUCUGCAUAGCAAAGCUCCCAUGCUAUCCCCAAACCGAGCCUGUGUGUGCUGGCUACCACCCCAGUCCAAUACCACUGCCUGGCUCUCGCUAAAUUAGCUACAUUAUGUCUCAGUCUCUGUUUUCCUUUCUUCCUCUCAGCUGUGUGUAUGGAUAGGAGGGGCUUUUUGUGUCCUUGGAUGCCUCUUUUGUACUUGUACCUCAUUCACAUAAUAAGCCAAUGGGGAGUUGAUUCUCUGCCUGCUCAUCCGUAAUAAGCGUAAUGAGUUAGAUGUGCCCUGACCAUGCCAAACUUUCAUGAGCCUAUGUUGGCCCAUGUGCACCUCCACCCAGCUAGAAAAUCCUACUAUACCGCAGGUCAAGCAAACAAUGUGUGAAAUAUAAGGCAACCCUGGGUGCACAGAGGUCCUGCACGCAGCUUUGGUUCCUUUCAAAAUCUUCCAUAUAAACACUAGAUUAGAGGCAUUAAACACUCAUUUAGGUAUCUAAAAUGUUUUGAAAACUCUGGCCAAUAUAGCAAACGCUGGUUUUCACACAUUUAGCAGUAAAAUCUGAUGUGCUUGUUUAUGUGCAUUUCAGAGCUGAUUUGAUGUUUAAUGUAGAGGAUAGGUUUCAGUCACUGGAGUUUUCUCUAUCCCCUUGUAGUGCUUAAGUCUGUAUAGAAGAAGGCAAAAUCUCAACAAAAUAAUGUAUUUUCAACUAGAGAGUAAAUAAUUUAGAAAAGCAGCCCAUAACUACUAAUGGUGCAAGCCAAAAAAGGGCUUGUUUAUCAUGGCUGAUUUUCAGUUAAACCAGGCCAUGAGAAUUCAGAAGUGAGAUUUAAUCAUCAUGCUUGCUAAACCUCUCUGAAGAUCAAUGUGCUUCUAGCACAAGUCAUCUCCAUGGGACAAAUUCACUGUGGGUGUAAGCAAGUUCUUGGAAUUACAUCCUCUUACACUAGCAGUUAAUUGCCUAUUGUCCCUGAGAGCAUUCGCCUCUACUAUAAAAAUUAUACUAAGAGAAAUUUAAAGCCAUAUAAAAUGUAAGAAAACGGAACUUUGGAGAAAUAUGCCUGUGUUCAUCAACAGUUUAGCACGACACUGAAGCCAUGUCAAAGUUGCAUUAUAAUUUAAACCAAUAGAAUCUUUUAAUGGCCUUUUGGCCAAAAUCCAGUGAAGUAUCAAUUUAAGAACUGAAAUUAUCAUCUGUUGCAGUCUAUAGCUGGCCCUUGCAAUUGACUAAUUAAUUGCACAAUAUGUUUUCCCAUUGUAUUCAUUAGUCUUGUGACAAGUAUGGUAAGGGUUUGUGCAAUGCCUGGUCUUAUUACAAUUUCUGAGGGUUGCAAGUUGAUAGUGAUCUUUUGAACCUCCCAAAAGCCAUUGUACAUAUGCCUUUCAAGUUUCUUUAAAAAAAAAUCAGCUUUUGAAACAACCUGAUAUCUCCAUUAGCCUGAGGAGCCAGAGCCCGUAGGCUGUAAAAUGACAUUAUAUCAUACAGGCAAGCUCUGGUGAUAUUAAAAUUCCCCUUUGAUUUACAGCAUGGGAAAAACAUCCUUUCACUGCAAUAUCAGUCACCUCAGACCUACCCAGGAAAACCAUCUUCUCUCCAACAAGUGAAAAGACUGAGAUAUAGCACACAUCUUUUAAUCACACCAAAUAUGUGGAGCGCUUCCAACUGUAAAAUACUGCAUUCCAAUUCCUGAGCUGAUGAUAAGGUAGACUGGUCUAUCUGAGUAUCUCAGAAAGCUUGCAUUCUCCUUUCACAUGAUAUUUCUGCGGGAUGUAGAGCCUAUAGUUCAUACUGUAGCCACACAGACCCUCCUAGUGUGUAUCCCACUGUACCCAUAUGGUACUCACGUCACUUUAAGCCUAGUGAGUCAACACUAGUUAUGAAAUUGUGUAGUCAGAAAGCUGUGACAUUUUUGAGAAGAUAAGCCCAAAGAAGUUUGCUGAAUGUGAGACUUGAUUUUUUUACUACUGUAAAUCCGCAAACAUUAUAGAAAAUGUAGGGCUCUUUGGUUCCAGACAUAUCACACAGAAAUGUACUUGAGGCACCAGAUUUGGACCCAACUUUCCCAAAAUUUGAGAGUGUUCAUAUAUGAGGUUUUGGUUUGGGCCCAUUUUUAAUUAAUAAAACUUGAGCUAAGACUAAACUAUACUAAAUUACAGAAGUUGCACCUAAUUAACAUCAAUAAUUUGCAAUGCUUGAAAUGAAAUGAAAUUAAACAAUCAGCAAGAAAACACACUGUAGAUUGUUCAUAGGGUGAGGAAGCAAGAACCAGACACAAUACAGUUGUGCAGCUCCAGACAAUAGCAAUCACACCUUGUAACACAAACUUACUUUUAUAGACACAAAGUACUGCCUUGUAAGGUGCUCUGAUGACAACUGACAUCACUCUAACAGGAUCCUCCUGAGACAAUGCUACAGUUUGCACAUAUACGAGCAGAAUAAGAAAGCUUAACCUAUGGUCCUGGAUUUCUAGUUUUUCCUUAUUAGGUGAACUGUAAAUGUUACUCUAUGCAUAUGAAAUCAAGAAAAAUAAGUCCUGACCCAAAUCUCUCUUCCUUUAAAAAAUCAUAUAUCUUAUUGCACAAUUUGGAGUAUGAAGUAAUUAUAAGUUCAAAACUAGUAGAGUCCAAAAUACAGAGACAGAGCGCAAUAAGUUAUUAUUCACAAUAAUUCAGUACUAGUCUCUUUUUAGUGACAAAAUGUCGUGCAUGUUAAUAAAUGGUUAUUAAGGUCCUCAGAGAUAAUAGUUUUAGUACAAAGAGAAAGGAAGCUUAUAAUAGCUCAGUCUAUAUCUCAACGUUAUCCACAAAUAUCAGAUUUUCAUAUUGUAGUCACUGGUCAUUUUUUUAAUGCCACUAUUUCAGCUAUGCACCUUCUCCAUCAAAAAGCAAAACAAGUACUUUCACCACCUUUCACCCAUUGACACACCGGUUACAUGAGAGGCACUCAAUGCUAAAAAAUUACCUGAUCCUGCCUGACCCAGUGUAGUUAAGACUGUUGCCUUGAUUUCAGUGAGAAAUGGAUCAGUCCCCAAAUUUGUAAACCAGUAUAUGUGAAACAACAACACUGUGAAAAUUAUUUUGCUUUCUAAGUAGAGUUUUAUAUAUAUAUAAAGCUCUUCAAAGCACAUUGGUAUAUGAAAUAGUGUUUACUAGACUAGUAACAGUUAAGUGUUUGUAUUUACCUUUUUCUCGUAUUUUUGUGACUUACUUGUAGUAGUAAUGGAACAAAUGUAUAAGCUGUAUAGUCUCUAAUGCUAUUAGUCUACCUAUUCCUACAGUGUUUGCAACUUUGUUAUAGAGAGACAGGGAUCACUCUUCUAAACCUUAAUCACUCUUUUAAAGGUAUGUGCUCUAUAGAAUUUAUAUAGGAAACUUAAAGGGACACUGUCAAGAUAUUUGUAAUCAUUUUUAAAACUCUUGGUUUUUCUUUUUAGUUCAUUAUUCUCUGUAACCCACUGGAGGCUUGAGAGUAAACUGUUUUUAACAUUGGGCCUGCUACAGUGCCAUUGAAAUCCAUUGUCCUUGACUACAAUGGGAACAGAAUCAGACCUAUUUUCUCUCCACCCAUCACACCCAUCCCCUGGUUUGGCAUCAUAAGAUUGCUUAUCCAUGCUAUUUCCAGCUUCCAGGUUGUUUGUUCAUUUUAAGUUUUAAAGCAUUAGCUUCGGUAAGAAAAAACAACAGUUUAUAUGGUCUGAUUCUGAUUGCGUUUGAUACACACCCAUGUAGUUCCACUGAGUUCAAUGGCAUUAUUCUUGAUUUAGGCCAGCAUGAAAGGAGAAUCAAGCACAUUGCUUUUGCAAAGUUGUAUGAAGAAGGAUGGUUUUAUCACUUAGAAUGAGGAACCCUGCUUUUGGCAAGUCUCUUAAUGCCUUUGUGCUCACUCUCUUUAUCUGUAAAACUUGCCUAAUAAAACUGUCCUUUCCCCUUCUUCCUAGAUUAAAUUCUGUAAAGCACAUUAGUAUCUUCAGCUAGAGAGUGGUAUCUAAGUGCAAUGUACUCAGAUAUAAAAGGGGACUCGUAAUCAUUUGGGAUUUACCCACCUUGGCAGUAUCCCUUUAAGGGUUUUUGGAAAACAAAAGGGAAAUUACAUUUUUGUUUGUCAAUUCUUUGGUGCCCCCUAGUCUCUAGAGUGUCAUAUUAAUUUAGUUCAUUGUUGUAUUGUCAAAAGCUUAUUCAUACGUCAGAGCCACUUGAAAUGAAAUGGGCCCCAGUCCUGCUCUUCUUAGGUGAGGUAAAACUCUCAUUAACUUCGAUGGAUGUUUUGCCUGAAUAAAAAGUGCAAGAUCUGGCCACAUUUGUGAAAGUUCAGCUCUUCUGUAACUGCUGGAGCUAAUGGAGCUUAUUUCUAUUUAUACACUUUAGACACUGUCUCAUUAAGGUGAUUAAAAAAAAAUCAUGGCAUUCUCCUCUACAAUUGAUACAGAACUGUUUGCUUGCUGAGAAUGACAGCACUGCAGGGAAACCAUUUAAGCCCAGCCAUUGUACUCAGAGGUUUAAAUAAUUAAUACUAUUGUUGGUGUUUUAGCUCAAUUUUCCCUUAUACAUAUCCAUUUUAAAUCAUUUUUAGCAAUGAUACACUAGUGAAAAUUGCCAAGAACUAAUGUAUCCAUACAUCUACUAUUAACGAAAAAGACUUCUGUCAGUAAAAAAUGUUUCUCACUUUCAUUUGUUAAAUAACUAUAUACUUCUUUUUUUCCAGCUAUUUAUAUAAGGUAAGUUAUAACAGGUGCCAAAGCAAAGAAACAGGAACAGUAUUAAAAAGUGUGUGCAUAAAGCACUUAUUUUUGUACUUUUAGUACAAUAUUUGUAUAGCGUUCUAACACUGUGAAAUGUAAUAAAAAUCAUACCAUCCAUUUACUGGAAAAGCAAUCAUCUGUUUUGAAAAAAUAAAAUAAAAUUUCCAUCUAAGAAUCAGGAAUUCAAGGGAUAUUGUAAAUUGGAUUAAAGCAAUUUUGUAAUUAUCGGCUCAUCAAAGGACAUUAACUGGACUUUGAAAUAUCAUUAAACUUUCUAAACUAA